UCAUUAACCGUUUUGGAAAUCUCCGCAUUUAUCCAAGUUCCUCGACGCAGCGAUGUUUCGAUUUGUGGCUCUACUCUCUUUGUGGCUGCCAAUUGCCAUGGCAGGAAACGAAACGUACGAGCCGUGCGAAUCGUGCACUUGGCAAGCUUCGACAUCAAAAUUGGCAGCCAUCAAAUUACGUCUGUAUACAGGCGACACUGUCGACCAAUAUACGGAGGUGGUGGUCGGCGAAGCUGUGAGCCUCAUGGAUCAGAUGAACCUCAACCUGUCGACUGUCGUUUAUACUCACGGUUUGUUCGGGACACCGAAUUGGAAGAGCGGCGAGGCUAUCGCACAAGCAUACAUCAACCGAGGGGGCUACAACGUCCUGGCGCUCGACUGGGCGAGUAUAUCUGACACCGAGUGGAUCUACGCCGCUCGAAGCGUUCCUGGUGUCGGCUACACCCUGGCGACGGUCCUGAACGAGUGGGUGGCAGCCGGUAUGGAGAUUUCCUCCCUUCAUAUAGUGGGCCAUUCGAUGGGAGCCCAAGUGUCCGGGUACGCCGGGCGAUACGCGAACUUCUCGCUACCCAAAAUAGUAGGUCUGGACCCGGCUUCAUUCAUGUUCUACACCGACUUAGAGCAUGUGAAGUCUGGCGACGCUGAUUUCGUCCAAAUCAUUCACACGGAUGCAGGCGUCAUUGGAAUCAGCCUGCAAACAGGUGAUGUCGACUUUUAUCCCAACGGUGGUACAGAAUUGCAGCCGGGCUGUCUGUUGAUACCAGAGGUCUGCAGCCAUCUCAGAGCUUGUUUCUAUUACGCUGAAAGCGUACGAAAUGAGACUGCAUUCAUUGGCCGUGCGUGCGACUCGAAUUCGGCUUUCAAAGAAGGCUCAUGCGAUUCGAAUGACGUCGUAGUGAUGGGCUACGCUACGCCGACUACCGCGACUGGCGCCUAUUAUCUCGAGACCAACAGCGAUACGCCUUACGGCCGAGGGGAGGAGGGCGCCACUUACGCGCAUGCAACCAAUAUAGUUAGUGCAACCGCUGAAUCUCUGUGGAAGGAAAUCAAGUCAAUAUUUUAAUUGGAAAACUGAUUGAGAUUUCACAAUCGGCAAUAUACGCAGAGAGAGAGGCUAAGAUUUGUACCGUAGCGUUGUUUUACCAGUGUUUUGAAAACUAAAUAAAUAUUUAAUCAUCAAG